AUGUCCAUCGAGAUGGAACUUCUCUACCACGUCCAGGAGGGUCAGUCUGGAUUUCUGUCGCCCAAACGCGAGAGAUUCAUUCUCGAUGAGGACAACUGGGAAGAAGGGUUGGAACUCGUCCUAUCGGGUGAGGCCAAGAAGGUGGAGCUGCGAGCGAACUGGCAUGGAUCGAAGGGGUCAGGGCAGCAAACCAAGGCCACGUCGACCACACAAACGCCCUCAAAUUUUCCAGUACACAAGAAGGUGCAGCACGUAUCGGUGACCCUACGCAGCCCUACCAGAACCAGCAGCAGCAGCAGCAACAGUCCUAGACGUUCAGAGACCAUGUCGACCAGAAGGAGCUCGCGGAGCGAACGCGACAACAGCCCAGUCAGCAGAACGGACAGCGGAUUGGGCCAGAUGGUAGAAGCGUCGAAGUGA